AUAUCGUGAAUGAAUUUAAGUUGCGGGGUUAUGUGAGGCGGCUGGCGACGCCAUAUGACGGCUUUGUUCACGGGCAGCAGCUGCGCUUUGCUCGCGAAACGGUCGCUUGUACCUGAACAGGUACCAGAAGCAACAGGUCAUUUCUCCGGGCGAGGGGAGCGCGGCUACCGGCCGCCGUCCCCGACCGAGACAGUCGCGUUCUGUUCUCCGCAGUGACGGCACGCUACUAUUCGCGUCCGCGCGCUCCACAAACCGCGAUAUAUUUCGAUUACAUCGCGCAAGUAAUGUGCGCGAACGCACACCUUAAUAAUCCGUUUGUCGGCAGCCAGUUGUGACAGUGCAAAUGUCUCCCAGUUUAGAAGGGAUCAUGUUCAACAGAAACGCGAACCUGUCGGCGCGCCGGCCGUUGUUGGCGGAACCGCAAAAGCCUCUAAUGGUCCCACCACGAGCGCCUCCCCGCGACACUGGCCCGCAACGACCCUUGCCUGCACCCAGAAACCUUCCCGUAGAUUAUUCCUACCGACCAGAUUACUGGAAACCAUCGAACGUCGAACUCGAGAGACGACUGCAGGAGACAAGGGCACGCGAGAAAGUUGGAUACUUUCAAGACAAAGUAACACCUCCAGAACUAAGUUUGGAUCGGAGAGAAGCAGAGCUUGUGUUCAGAUUCGACCCGCAAGCGUCCGACGAAUACCUUUCGAGUCAGUACCGUGCACCGGUAGUGCAUUAUGCGAAGGCCCCGACUCCGGCGAACGGGUUCGCUGCCCGUGUGCCCGAGAGAGACGGGCCGUUUGUAUUCGGAGUGCACAGUCCGAGCCAGUUCCCGAUUUCGCGGCGGGAUGACGACGACUACGACUACUCAGAAGUGGCCGAAGAGAACGGCCGCACUGUGAUACGAGACGAUGUGUCUGAAGACUUGAAUUGCUGUGAUAAAGUGAACGAGUGGGCGGUCAGGGACAAGAAGGCCAAACGGACUUUGAACCGAAUGUUUCAAAUAAAAGACAGAAGGAAGGUGAAAGGUGGAAAAAAGGAAAAGAUAAAGUGUGUGUUGGUGGGUGACGGAGCUGUGGGAAAGAGCUCCCUGAUAGCGGCGUACGCGCAGGACACGUUCCGGGAGGAUUAUCAGCCUACGGCUUACGACACAUUCAAUGUUGUGGUGGACGUGGACGACAGACCGCUCUGCGUAGAAAUCUGUGAUACUGCUGGACAGGACUCAAUGUCUGAGCUCCGAGAGCUGUGCUACCCUGGCACCGAUGUGCUGAUGCUGUGCUUCUCCGUGGUGCGGCCUGAGACCUUCAGGUCUGUUGCCGAGAGGUGGACCAAGGCUGUGGCCAACGUGAACGCCCCGCUCAUACUUGUUGGCACGCAAAGCGAUUUGGCGCUGGAUUCGAGGGUCUUGCAGACUUUAAAGGGUCGUGGCGAGCACGUUGUGUCAGAAGUCGAAGCGAAAGCUUUAGCGACCAAAAUCAACGCAGUCUACAUCGAAACUUCGGCGAAAACAAGGAAACAGUUGAAAGAUGCGUUCGACGCCGCCAUCUUAGCGGGGCUGCCAAUCAGACUCGGGAAAAAACCUUUUUGGAAAAAACUAUUAUGUCUAACCUAGAAACUUUAGAACAAAUAAACUAUUUUAUGAAAGGCUAUUCGGAAAAUUGUUGUGUACAGUUUCUUGGGAAUAAGAAAGUAUAUUUAAAUAAACGGAUGAAUGGACCAGUUAAGAACAUUGUUAUUUUUGUAAUUCUUAAAUGAAAUGAAGAAUGUGUGGAUAAUGAAAUUUAGGAAGCUUUAAAAUGUAGCGAUUCUGCGUUCCUUUGUUGUUAGUAGAUAUUUUAAUUGAAUUGUAGUUGUUGGAAAAUAGCCUGUCAAAUUAUAUUGACGAUUUGUGAAACACAAAACAUGCUAAAAAUCUUGUUAAACCAGGACUGUAGGUACUGCCUGUCUGGUACGGUUCUACUGAAGUGCCUUUUGAUAUUGUUUAGCUUGCUUCAGACCAAUGUACAUUGCUAUUAAGAAAAUAACAGGCAU